CUAAAUUGAUUCCUGGCACCGAAGCAAACGGAACUUGGAUUGACUUCUAUAUAUCGUUCCAUAGCAGCUAUACCUCAAACUCGCCCUAUGACAUGGAUCUGCUGCGAGACAGAUUGCAACGAGACAAAUGAAGCAGAGAAAUCAGAAUGCCAAAACCCAAACUGUAAACACAAGAAAUGUGCACAGUGCACAGCAAAUCAGACAAAAGAUGUUCAGUCUCCAUUAAGAACCGAUUGUAGCUCUAAAGAAUCUGAAGGAUGGUUUUGCUGUUACUGUGCAGGAUUUUGUGACAUAUUCAUGGCAUACUGUCCAACAUGUACACACGUCAUGUGUAGCCAAUGUACCUUUGGAACAAGUGAACGUCAUGGAAAUACACACUUAAGGCCUGAAUGUGAGCGCAUCGGUCUUCUAGAGUAGAAAUUGUAUGCAAGCACACUUAUAAAGAUAAUGGACAUAGUAUCAGACUUGAAUAAGAUUACCUUUGAUACAGUACAAGACAACAAGAUACUUUACCUAAGCUGCUACGCUAUCUUACUCCUAGGCCUACAGUAGAGUAGAUAAAGGCCUUUACUUAUAAACCUAGACUUAGGGUUUAAAGGCAGCUAGUCUACUUACAAUAUUCUAUUUAUACCCUUCAAGGCAUUUCUAUC